AUGGUGGCGUUCGAGGACAUUCUGGAGGAGGUGAACGGCUUCGGUCCGUUUCAGAUCCUCAUCCUGGUGCUGCUGUGUUCUCCGCGCAUGGUCCUGCCCGGUCACUUCCUCCUCAACAACUUCAUCGGGGCCGUCCCUCCUCACCACUGCCUCUUCACAGAUGCAGAUGCAGACGGUCUCCUGUCGAACCUGAGCGAGCGGCAGAGGCUGGUGGUGUCUCUUCCGCUGAGAGACGACGGCGUCCCAAAAGCCUGUGAGAUGUUUGCCGAACCGCAGCUGGAGCUCCUGUCCAACGGUUCCUCCGGGUCCGAGCUGCCCACGGUGCGCUGCAGCAGAUGGGUCUACGACAACUCCACCUUCUCCUCCACGCUGGCCACUGAGUUUGACCUGGUGUGCGAUCGGAAAAGUCUGGCCAGAACCACCAGCACCAUCUUCUUCAUGGGCGUCAUGUUGGGGGCCAUCGCUUUUGGGUUCCUCUGCGAUAAAUACGGGCGUAAAAACAUGCUGCUGGUGUCGUACGUUCUGUCUGUGGUGUUCGGCCUCUCCAGCGCCUUCGUGUCCUCCUACGAGAUGUUCGCCGUGCUCAGGUUCUUCACGGGGUUUGGACUCACAGGAAUCAGCAUCAUCUCCAUAGUGCUCAGUCUGGAGUGGAGCGACACCGCACACAGGUCGUUCAUCGGGGUGAUGGGCAGCACCGCCUGGUCCGUGGGGAACAUGAUUCUGGCGGGUUUAGCCUUCGCCAUCAGGGACUGGAGACACCUGAUCCUCGCAGUGACGGCUCCUCUGGGACUCGCUCUGCUCAGCUGGUGGUGGCUCCCUGAAUCUGCUCGUUGGUUAUUGGCCAAUGGAAAAGUGGAAAAGGCUCGAUUUUAUCUGGAGAGAUGCUCCAAGUUCAACAAGGGACGAAAUCUGUCUCCUCAAAUCAAGUUAGAGAGUUUCAGUGACAUAAAAGACACAAAGAACACUGAGAAAACAUAUAAUUUUCUGGACCUGAUCAGAACUCCACGGAUUCGGUGCUACACGGUCAUAACUGGAAUUCUCUGGUACGGCGUGGCGCAGACGUACUACGGCAUCAGUCUGAACAUCAGCGGCUUCGGUCUGAGUCUGUACCUCACUCACUUCAUCUACUCUGCCAUCGAGGUGCCCGCCAAGUGGCUCAUUUUCGCCCUGCUCAACGUCAUCGGGCGCAAGAAGUGCCAGGCCGGGACCCAGCUCCUCACCGGAGUCUGCAUCUUCAUCAACAUCUUCACCCCAGACAGCUUCUGGUAUCUGCGCGCGGCCAUCGGCAUUCUGGGAAAAGGAGCCUCUGAAGCAGCGUUCACCACAGUGUUCUUAUACACGACGGAGAUUUACCCCACGGUCGUCAGACAGAACGCCAUGGGCUACACCAGCUUCAUGAGUCGUCUGGGCGUGUGCAUCGCUCCUCUGAUCCUGCUGCUGGAGGACGUGUGGAGCCUCCUGCCUCAGGUCAUCCUCUGUGCCGUGGCGCUCCUGUCGGGCCUGUCGGUGCUGCUCCUGCCCGAGACUCUCCACGCCCACCUGCCCGAGACCAUCGAGGACGUGGAGAAGCUCAGAGGCAGAGGAACGUCUCACAGUGUCGACUCCACAGAUACCUGCCUGGAGUCCAAACUUUCACCUCAGACGUAG